UUCACACGCACAUUAUCGUCGCUGCUUUCGCUCUCUAUUCGGUCGGGUGGGAUAAAAAAGAGGAGUCGCUAAGCGUGAGGAUGCGAGGGAGGAGAAGAUAACGGGGUUUCAGAGGGAAAUACGCACGUAAGAGAGAGAAAGAAAGACAGAAAGAAAAGGAGGGAGAGGGAGAGAGAGACAAGAGCGCGGAUAUUUUGCCAGGCACCCCUGGUGAGAGGCUUGUGCCUGCGCGCUCGCUGCACACUCGUCAGCUCCACGCGCACGGGCAGGAUGAGCUCUUGCAGCAGCAGGGCUCUGACUCUGCUCUCCACAGUGUUCGGGGCGUGUGGACUGCUGUUGGUGGGGGUUGCGGUGGCGACGGAUUAUUGGCUGCUGAUGGAGGAGGGAAUCGUACUGCAGCAGAACCAAACUGUCGAUGUCAAGAUGGCAUUGCAUUCUGGCCUCUGGAGAGUGUGUUUCAUUGCAGGCACAGAGAAAGGUAGAUGUGUCGCCUCUGAGUAUUUCACAGAGCCAGAGAUUGAAAUCACCACAGAAAACACAGCGAAUAUCCUCAAGAUGGUGCGGACCGCUACGCCCUUCCCGAUGGUGUCUCUACUAUUCGUUUUCACAGCCUUCAUCAUCAGUAACGUGGGCCACAUCCGUCCACAGCGCACCAUCCUGGCCUUCGUCUCCGGCAUCUUCUUCAUACUCUCAGGGUUGAGUCUGGUAGUGGGACUGGUGUUGUACAUCUCCAGUAUCAAUGAUGAAGUAAUGAACAGACCACGUGAACCAGAGCAGUUCUUCAACUAUCGCUAUGGCUGGUCCUUCGCAUUCGCUGCCAGCUCAUUCCUGCUCAAAGAGGGUGCCGGUGUGAUGUCAGUGUAUCUUUUCAUGAAGCGUUAUGCAGAAGAGGAGAUGUAUCGGCCUCAUCCCACUCUCUAUCGCCCCCGUCUUUCCGAGGGCAGCGACUACAGUGGCCAGUAUCUGCACCCAGAGACCUGGCCUCCACCUCAGCGAGCACGCAGCGCCUCUGAGAUCUCCAGCGACAUUUCCAUCCAGCUCACCCAGAACCCACAGCACACAUCCAAGGCCAGUGGGCAGCAGGGCACGUCCUCUCCAGGAAUCACCGCCGCCUCCAGUCCCGCCUCAGGAACUGGAUACCAGCUGCCAUCGCCAGGUUCUGCCGCUCCAUACCCACACAACCACCCCCUCCACCCUGGGGCACACGGGCCAGCUGCGGCAUCCCAGACCAUGCCCAUGUCCGGUCCACCAGCUGCUGUGCCACCACCACACUACCACACACACAUGCGCAUGAGCGCCUCGCCAUGCUAAAGAGAAAGUGUAUAGUGCACUUGUUUUUCAUUGAGAUGAUGCAUAGUACAUAAAAAACAGAAAUUACAAUGAAAGGCAAGAUAUAGUUUUUUAUAUGAGAAAAGGAAGUAAAAUACUGUUUGUAACAAAGGCCUCUUUUUAAGACUGAAUGUCGUUGUGAAUUUGUAGCAUAUUAAACUGCACUGGAUCGAAAGAACAUUUGACAAUCGCACACAACUGACGAUUCAUUUAUGUAGUCGUACACUUUAGAGCACAUAAGAGAUCUGUAACUAUUGCCUUGACUUCUGUAGAUGAUAUAAUAAAAGCAUUUUAGUUUCUAUCAUGGAAUCUGUGACUUGUUAGUUUUAGUGUUGUCAUCAUAUGCUAAAGUGGGAAUUACUUAUAAACCAAUUUUAAAUGCUGAACAUAUUGUUUGGAUUUGAAAUGAUAGCAGGGUUUUUUUCUUCAGAGAGUUUAGAAAUAUUCAAUAUUUCUUGUGUAAAUAUUGUGUAGGCUACUGUCGUGUUUGGGCUGUGGUUUGAUUCACUGCCUUUCUGGAGAAUGUUGAAAUAUUUGGUGAGAAAAUACUGAAUUAAAAUGAU